AUGAAAGUGACGUAUGCUGUGAGACUACUGUUACCAGUUUACUUUUUAUUUUUUUGGAUACAUCUAAAUAUUGUAAGAAGCGAUAAUGUAUGUAAAGGUGCUGAUGUUAUAGUAAAUGAAUUUUGGAGUAAGUUAAAUAAUAUAAGACAUGGAGAUGUAAUAUUAAUAAAUAUAAAGAAUUAUUAUUGCCCAGCUUGUAAUCGAUAUAUGAAUAUAUGGAAUGAUGUUGAAAAGAAAAUCUUAACAUAUGAGAAGAAUGUAUCAUUAUUUGUAUUUGAUUGUUCAUGUUAUUUACUUGUUCCAUAUUGUCGUUAUUUUGAUGUGUUAUAUUUUCCUACCUUUAGAUUAUUAUUUCCAGUAUAUGACAAAAUUAAUGAUAAGGAAUAUAAAUAUAUUAACCCUUCAAGUAUGAUAGAAGGGGAAAAAUAUAAUGGGGACUUAUUAUUAGCUUAUAGAGAAGUUGAAAGAAUUGAUAAUAUAUAUGAUUUUAAAAUAUUAAUAGAAAAAUAUUUAUGUAAAAAUGUAAACUUUAAUUAUAAUGACUUAAGGAUAUGUAUGAAUAGUUCCUAUAUACUUCCAGAAAAGAAAAAUAAAAAGAAGAAUGAAAUAUAUCAUUUUCUUUUUGGUUAUAAGAAUGAUAAAAAUAAAGAGGAAAUUAAAGAUUCUGUAAAUGUUAUGAAUGAUGAUUUUAUUGAGAAUAAUUAUGACUAUGAAGAAAAUAAAGAAAAUGUAGAGAGAUGGAGCAAUCAUAUUAAUUUUAAUAAAGAUAAUAUAAAACAUGAUAUUAUUAUUGGUAUAUUAUUUACAUUAAAAAAACAUAUAUCAUUAGGAAGAGAUAUACAAAAAGAAUAUAUAGAACCAUUCCUUGUCAUGUUAAGUAUAGUUUCUAAUAUAUAUAAUGAUUUAGAAGAAGGUUUAUAUGAUAUUAUAAAUAAAUUAAAUUCAUUUACCUAUCCUAUAAAAUAUGAUGAAUGGAUAAAAUAUACUGAAAAUAUUAAUUAUAUUAAUGAAUAUAAAUUAGAUUAUAAUAAUAAUAAUAAUAAUGAUACCAAUUUAAUAUCCUUUAAAUUAUGUGAACAAAAUUCUGUAUUAUGUUCAUAUUGGUUAUUAUAUCAUAAAAUAUCUGUUUAUUGUUUACAACAUGAUAAACAUAAUUAUCUAUAUUAUAUUGAAGCAAUUACAAAUUAUACUAAGAAUUAUUUAAAUUGUCAGAAUUGUAUAGAUCAUUUUUUAAAUGCACAAAAAUUUUGUUAUUAUGGUUAUUGUAAUAUACAUUCAGCAGAAUCUUUUAUUAUCUUUCUCUGGAGAAUACAUAAUGCUGUAACCUUGAGAUCGAUGUAUGAUUUGCUAAUGAUAGAUAACAACACAUCAACACCUUCUAAUAAUUUUAAUAAAAAACAAUUCCUCAACCAAGAUAUUGUUUUUCCAACCUUGAAACAAUGCAAAAAUUGUAGAAAUGCUCUUGGAUUUACAAAAAUUACAAAUCAUACUUUGAGUACAUUUAAAAAUGGAUCCAUUACGGAUCAAAGCUUUGAUGCUAUAGAUUCCUUCAGUGUCAAAAAUGUGUUACACUAUUUAAUACACAUAUAUUCAUAA